CCACGCGCAUAGGUCCAACGAAAGCCGUGGAGAAUAAGCGUUAGCUCUUCAGACUGAAUCUGAGCUAAAAUCUAGCGAAGCCAGGCUGGGGUUUGGGAGGCUGCGGGGGAAGACAGGAAUGGGCACCGUAUCCAGUUUCCUCCGUUGGUGGGGAGGGUUUAAUUGCCCGGAAACGGAAGUCUCGUUCUUUUUCCUCCUUUUCCUCGGUUAUUGCUAUCUGUGAGCGUCUGUAGGGUGGUACGCCGGUGAGAAGGUUCCGGUGCGCGCCCGUUCCCAGCGCGUCUCGUCAUCAUGCCUCGGAAAAUUGAGGAAAUCAAGGACUUUCUGCUCACAGCCCGACGAAAAGAUGCCAAAUCCGUCAAGAUCAAGAAAAAUAAGGACAAUGUGAAGUUUAAAGUUCGAUGCAGCAGAUACCUUUAUACCCUGGUCAUCACUGACAAGGAGAAGGCAGAGAAACUGAAGCAGUCCCUGCCCCCUGGUUUGGCAGUGAAGGAACUGAAAUGAACCAAAACACUGAUUUGACCUAUAUUAAAAUACUAAAAAUCCUAA